AUGGAGGGCAGGAGGGACAUGUCCCCAGGUGAGGAGUCCAGCAAGGACUUGGAUUCCAACUCCCAUCACUCACCUGGGGAGCCGUCUACCUCUGCCCUUGCUACUCCAGGGGGCGCUGCUGAGACGGAGGGGAAGGCCAGAGAGAAGGACAGUGAAGAGGAGUGGGACGGAGAGAAAGGUGAAGAGUGGCAGCUGAAAGUGCAGGACAGAGGUCGAGGGCUGAUUAAGGAGUCUCUCCUCAAGUUUGGAAACGAACUUGGGGAGGACUCCGUAAAGGACAAAAAGAAGAAAAAGAAGAAAAAGAAAAACAUCGCCCGGCGUCAGCCUGAGACCUCUGUCAGGGGGUCUGGAGAUUCCACAGAGGAGGGUGAGUGCUCAAAUGCUGAGUAUAUGUACAAUGAUGAUGUUCAGGCCUUGCAGAAGCCUGGGGCCAGGGAUACUAACCCUGCAGGUGGCAACACCUGUAUGCCCCAGAAACCUGCACAACCUGCUUCUGUGGAGUAUCUGGGCCCCCCGCCGCCCUCCAUGGUGACAGGGAGACCAUCCCCGCCGGUACUAUGGCGUGUACCGGUGAUCCCAUGGAGGGGUCCUUCCCUUGCUCCCUUCCCACUCCCUCCCUUACCUGCCUUCCCUCUGACCUUCCUCUCCGUGUGGUUGCGUCCCCUGGAGUGGCUGGUACCUCUGCCUCCUGUCCUCAGGCGCCUGCUGGGCAGGAUGGCACUGGAUGGAGCAGUCUGGAGCAGGGUGAUGGCCCUCCUUUUCCCUCUGCUCCCUUGGAGCAAGCUCGACUGCUCUCCCCUACCAGCAAGUCUCCUCCCCUGUUUGUCCCCCAGUCUGUUUCCCUGGAUGUGUCCAAGUUUGUCUUCCAGUCUGUUCCCCCUGCUUCCCUAUGUAUUCCCCUUAUGUCUGCAUGUGUAACCAGUCCCCCUGUUGUUCCUGGUGCCUCGGGUGCCGCGGGUGCCGCUGGCGCUAUGGAAGACAGGACUGCAGGGGACUCCCAUCAUCCUCAGCCAGCAGUCCAUACUGAGGAAACCGCCAGUGGAGGUAAGAAAAGUAUGACUAACAUUGUGUUUGACUCCACUGGUGGUUUAGGGAUGGCUGAGGAGGAUGGGAAUAUGGAUGUAAAUGUAAUGAUGGGACCUAUUGGCCUUAGUAAAAAGGUCCACAGCCAGCCUGUUUGUAUUAAUGAUGUUGCCCCUGCCCCUGGUGUUGUUGCCCCUGCCCCUGGUGUUGUUGCCCCUGCCCCUGGUGUUGUUACCCCUGCCCCUGGUGUUGUUGCCCCUGCCCCCGGUACUAUUGCCCCUGGUGUUGUUGCCCCUGCCCCUGGUGUUGUUGCCCCUGCCUCUGGUUAUGUUGCCCCCGCCCCCGGUACUAUUGCUCCUGCCCCUGGUACUGUUUCCCCUGCCCCUGGUUAUGUUGCCCCUGCCUCAGGUUAUGUUGCCCCUGCCCCUGGUUCACUGGAGUUAGUUGGUACACAGGUGGCGGGCACGAGCACGGGCACAGGCACCCUGACAAAGGGUGCCGCGGUUAUAAAUAGUUUAGACACACAAGCAGGUACACGGGUUCCCCUUAGGUACUCCCAGGUUGUCACCCAGGGUUCUGGUGUGACCGAGGCCUCUGGUUCAGCGAGGGGAGUCCGUCCAAAUCAUUCCCAGACGGCGGGUCCCGGUGUGCCCAAUGCUUGGGCAUCUGGGCCACCUCGCCUCUCUGCGGACGGGCCUGCUACGCGUCCUCAGGUUUCCUUUGGGAACAGGAGGAACGUGGUACGGCUCAUCUGUGGGGGUGAGACCCAGGUGCCUGACAGACGGUGGCUGGUGACCCGGCUAAAGGAUAUGGGAUUUGCGCCCGUGGACCUGUACGCGCUCAUCCAUGCCUCGGGCACCCGGGAGUUCGUCUCCUUUAUGACGUCGCAGCUCCUGGAUCACUUCUGGGCUGGGUGGGAAGCGGCCAGGUCUGCACAGGGUACAAAGUGGGCAGGAUUCACCGCUGUGGCCAUUUCUCGCCAGGGUCUUAAGAAGGUCACUUUCCUGGUGAGAAAUGAAUCCAUCCCCAUAGCAGACAUCCUUGUUUGGACUAAGAGGUUUGGGGAUGUUAAAUCCCCCCCUGUUAAGAUCUUAGAUGAGGAUGGGAUUUGGACAGGCGGAUGGACUGUUUCAGUGUUGCUGCGGGAGAUUCGAGGUGUCACACAGCAUAUGCCUAAUAGUUUUUUCAUCUGGGCUGACCGGGUAUUCUGUUUUUAUCCUGGUCAGCCCAGGGUAUGUCACAAGUGCGGAUCGUGCAGGCAUUACAGCAAUGCCUGUGCGGUCCUCAAAUGCACUAUGUGCGGUGCUGUGGGGCACCUCCGGGACAGCUGCAGGGAGAUCCGGUGUCAUCUGUGUUCAGAGAUGGGUCACACGUACCGCACCUGCCCCGAAGCCCAGCACAAUGUAGAGUCCAUCUGGAGUCAGGAGCUGGUGGAGAUGGACUCUGCUGGGUUAGGGGUUCAGGUAGCAUCGUCAUAUACAAGGCCCAUCUCUGGCACAAGGGUUUCCCUGCCCCAGCAACAACCCAUCCUCCCCUCGGUCUCUGUAACAUCUCAGGACCCUGGGAAGGCCACAAGUUCACGUCCCCUCACGAAAAGUGUACGUAGAGAGCGCACUACCUCCAGCCAUUAUGGCUCCCCCUAGACCCCCUCCCCUAGGCCCCCCCCUCCUAAAUUCUCCACGGUGAAGGUUACCCCCACUGAAAAGUCCCCAGAUGCACGUCCCUUAGAUGCACAGUCCCUAGAGUGGAGCACGGUGAAAGGUAAGAAACCCCCCCCCUCCAAGACCUCGACGCUGCCCUCACCCCGGAAGAUCGCCAUACCCCCUGCGGCGAAACCCCCGAAAGGGGGAGACGCCACUUAUAAGGGUGGUGUGGCACGGGCGUCAUCCUCCUCUUCGGGCUUGCAGGAGGCCCCGGUGCCCGUAUCUAACAGGUACGAGGCACUGUCCUCCAGCUGGGCCGACUGUGAGUACGAGGAGGAGAUGGCGAACCUCCCCGGGGUGGUGGCAGGGGUUGAGGUGGGACAGGAGGUGCUUCUGAGAGACGACGGGCCACUGUAUCCCGGAGUCUCAGUGAAGAGGUUCCUCGGUUCCGACACGGAGGAGGAGGGGUACCGCAGAAGGAAGGGAAAGUCUCCUUAUACUUAAUGCCCUUAUGGCGACUUUUCCUGUACUCUCUGUGGCUACGGUGAAUGUAAACAGCAUUAAGUCCAGCAGGGCCCGCUUUUUGGUUUACGACCACCUCAGCCGGGCUCCGUACAAUGUCAUCUUGGUACAGGAGACCCGGCUGGAAACCCUCGCGGCCCUGCACGCUGCAAAGCGGGACUGGAGAUGGGGGCCCUCCUACUUCUCUCUAGCCACAGAGAGAUAUGGGGGAAUCGCCAUCCUAUUUAAGGACGUUGAUGUUAGCAUCAACAGGGUUAUUGAGUUGCAAAAAGGACGGUGUGUGGUUUUAGAUGUCUCAAUGGGCAGGCAACCUUUCAGGAUAAUUAAUAUCUAUGGCCCCCAAUCUAAGUGGGAGAGGAAGCGCCUGUUUAUUGAGAUAGAGCCUUACCUUUAUACAUCCCAGCAAAUCCUGUUUGGCGGUGACUUUAACACCAUAACUAGGCCUCAAGACAGGAGAGACGCCACUCAGAGGCUGGGGUAUGACUCCUAUUUUUUAAAUAAGAUGGUUAGUCAGGCUGGAUUGGUCGAUGUGUACCUUCAUCACACUCCCAAUCCCACGGGUGGGUACACUUAUCACAGAGGUAGCUGUCAGAGUAGGAUAGAUAGGUUUUUCUUUAAGGAGAAUUUCCCGGUGGCGGCACCCGUGCUUACACCGGUGGAGUUCUCCGACCAUCACAUUUUGUCUUGCGAGUUGAACGUCUAUAGUACCCCACCUAAGGGUAGAGGGAUCUGGCGGCUGAAUUCAGACCUCCUGGUGGAACAGAGGGUUCAGCAAGCCUUCAUGGAAUUCUUUCACGAUCAGAUGACAUUGGCCGACUUAGGCCAAACGAAGUCUGAGUGGUGGGAGAUGGUGAAGGCCAGAACUCAACGGCUGUUUCGCAAUCUCGCCCGGAACAUGCAGUCCUCCAGGUACAAGAUGUAUCUGGGCUUGCUUGGGAGGUUAGACAUCCUGAUCUCGCAGGGAGGUGAUCCCGAGGACAUUGCGGCAGUUAAAAACCUGAUGAGGAGUUAUCAGUAUGACAGGGACGCCUCCCUUGUAAAAGAGAGAGAUCAUGGGUCAUACCGCUCGCCCGAUCCUUAUCUUAGCUGCAAGCGGAAGGAAGGUACCAAGUCCAUCCCUAGUCUGCGGGGCACCGACGGGACCCUAGAGGAGUCUCCUCGCGGGAUUCUGAAGGUGGUCCGCGACUACUAUAUUGAGCUCCUCGGAAAGGGCAGCCCCCAAUGUAGCGAGGAGGGAACCUCCCACGGGAGAAGGGUGGAUGACUUCUUGAGCGAGCUCACGCUCCCUGAGCAUAGCGACCUCUCUUUUGACGAGUUGGUCAGCAAGAUCACCAUAGAAGAGGUCACAGAGAGUAUCCAACAGCAGAACAAGUGUAAGUCGCCAGGUCCUGAUGGUCUGACGGCCGAGUUUUACCAACAGUUCUGCGACCUCUUGGCCCCUCAUCUGACCGAGGUGUUUAAUGAGAGCUUGGCUCAAGGAUUAUUGCCACCCUCGAUGAGGACUUCUGCCCUGAUCUUGCUGUCCAAGCCGAACGUGCUCGACACAGCGGAUGUGGGGAACUGGCGCCCCAUAUCCCUGUUAAAUGUCGACAGGAAGGUCCUGGCAAAGAUUUUGAUGAAACGAGUACAGGGCCUAGCGAGGCGUGUCCUAUCCACCUCCCAGUACUGUUCAAUCGAGGGCAGAACUGUCUUUGAUGCCGUUUUCGAAGUCAGGGAAGCCCUCGAGAAGUGCAGGGACGAAGAAAGGGGGAUAUACCUUCUGGCACUUGAUCAGUCCAAAGCUUUUGAUCGAGUAGAUCACCGUUAUCUGUGGUCAGUCUUGCGGAAGUAUGGCUUGCCGGGAAAAUUCGUCAAUUGGAUAAUCACCUUGUACAGAGGGGCCGAAAGCUUCGCUCUUGUGAACGGGUGGAGGGGCAGGACGUUUAGGAUCCGAUCCGGGGUCAGGCAAGGCUGUCCUCUCAGCCCACUCUUGUACGUGUUUGCAGUCGAUCCCUUCAUCCGAAGGGUCGAGGCAGGCACGUUACAGGGAGUGGCCAGGGCUCCGGAGAGGCCUUUACGGGUUGUUGCCUACGCUGAUGACAUCUCCAUAGUGGUCUCCAAUACUCGGGAGGCCACGGAGGUGGAUGAUUUAAUCCUAGCGUAUUCUGCCGCUUCAGCCUCUCGUGUCAACAGGGACAAGAGCGUAGUUUUCUGGUGCGGGAAGGAGGGGGACCAGUUCCCUCUUCCAGACGGUUUCCCGAGGGCCCAGCCUGAAAUUAAGAUCUUGGGGGUGGUGUUCGGACCAGGGGAUCUGGCUCUCAGGAACUGGACCGAACGGCUUGCCAUAGCUUCUAGCAAGGUGGAGGAGAGCCACAGGUGGAAACUGACGUUCAGAGAACGGGUGAACCUAAUCAAAACCUAUGUUCUGACCGUAUUCGGCUACGUCAGUGAUGUAGAUUAA